GGGGCGGCGUCGGAACGUGAGGUCGUCUGCGGGGCUGCCGCCUUCACCGCAGUUGUUGUUGUCGUCGCCGCAGCCGGCGAGUUCGGCCCGAGCUUCGCCCCUCCCGGCCUGAGGCGUUGCCCACCGGCCAUGGUCCCUCGCUUGUCCCCUGGGAGGCAGGAGGUGCGGGGACAGCAACGGCCAUUGCUGGAGGGGGCUAUGACAGGAUGGACGCGGACGAAGUGAGCAUCCGCGAGCAGAACUUCCACAGCCAAGUGCGGGAAUACACGAUCUGCUUUCUCUUGUUUGCGAUAUUGUAUAUUGUUUCCUACUUCAUUAUCAGAAGAUACAAGAGGAAAGCAGAUGAGCAAGAGGAUGAAGAUGCUAUUGUCAAUAGAAUUUCGCUGUUCCUGAGCACUUUUACUCUUGCAGUUUCAGCGGGCGCUGUGCUCCUCUUACCUUUUUCAAUAAUCAGCAAUGAGAUUCUGCUUUCUUUUCCCCAAAGUUACUAUAUCCAGUGGUUGAAUGGUUCUCUAAUUCAUGGUUUAUGGAAUCUUGCUUCCCUCUUUUCCAAUCUUUGUUUGUUUAUAUUGAUGCCCUUUGCUUUCUUCUUUCUGGAGUCAGAAGGCUUUGCUGGCUUAAAAAAGGGAAUCAAAGCACGUAUUUUGGAAACCCUUGUUAUGCUGAUUCUUCUUGCGUUGCUUAUCCUUGGAAUUGUGUGGGUAGCUUCAGCUCUCAUAGACAAUGAUGUUGCAAGUAUGGAGUCCUUGUAUGAUCUUUGGGAAUUCUACCUCCCUUAUUUAUAUUCCUGUAUAUCUUUGAUGGGGUGUUUAUUACUUCUACUUUGUACACCAGUAGGACUUUCCCGUAUGUUUACAGUGAUGGGACAAUUGCUUGUAAAGCCAACGAUUCUUGAAGACUUGGAUGAGCAGAUAUAUAUUAUUAGUCUAGAAGAAGAAGCUAUAAUGAGAAAGUUAAAUGGAGGAUUUUCCGCCGUGGAGUACAAUACAAAACAACUUGAGCAGGAGUUGAAUAAUAUGAAGAGCAUGAAAACAAAAUUGGAGCGACGGAAAAAGGCUUCUGCCUGGGAAAGGAACCUUGUGUAUCCAGCUGUAAUGAUACUACUGCUAAUUGCAACGGCAUUGUCAGUGCUCUUAGUUGCUUGCAAUAUUCUGCGUCUGUUGAUUGAUGAAACUGCAAUGCCAAAGGGAUCAAGGGGGCCUGGCAUAGGAAAUGCCUCUCUGUCCACGUUUGGUUUCGUGGGAGCAGCACUUGAGAUCAUUUUGAUUUUCUACCUUAUGGUUUCCUCUGUUGUUGGCUUUUAUAGCCUACGUAUUUUUGGCGAUUUUACCCCCAGGAAGGAUGACACAACUAUGACAAAGAUAAUUGGGAACUGUGUUUCUAUCUUAGUCCUCAGUUCAGCGUUGCCAGUUAUGUCAAGGACAUUGGGCAUCACCAGGUUUGAUCUCCUUGGGGACUUUGGAAGGUUUAACUGGUUAGGAAACUUCUACAUAGUGUUGAGCUACAAUCUUCUUUUUGCUGUCAUGACAACUCUGUGCCUGGUGAGAAAGUUCACCUCUGCAGUUAGAGAAGAACUCCUCAAAGCAUUAGGUUUAGAUAAACUGCAUCUCUCGCACAGGGCAAGAGACCCUGAGACAACAAAACCUUCUGCAAAUGGACAUCAGAAAACACUGUGAAUCAGUUGGCGGAAAUGAGCCUUUCAGCUUCCUGACAUUCCUCUCAGCUCACUGAACUUGAUUUCUACUGCUUUUACUGGUUUAUACCUUGGAUUCAGGUUGAUGCAGAAGAAAUCUGGUGGCAUUGGAUUGUACUCUUCCUCCUUGCACCGAUCCACUUUAUUUUUUUCUGUCAACUGGAGACCUCUCUUGAACAUUCCUCUUUGAACAGGCCUCCAUACGGAUCUCUGAAUCCAAGGAUAAAAAUCUUCUGCAUGUAAAUACAUUGUUCAAGAUGAAUUUGGGAGAUGAACUUGCUAUCUGAAAAUGGCGAAGAUGUUGAUUUUUCCCCCCCAGUGAGAUGCAUUCUGAAAACUUGUGAGAGCACAAUAAGGCUCAGGAUUAAUACAUUAAUCUACCCAUCAAAUCAGUUUGCACUAUGAUUGUAUCUAAGAUAACAGUUCUUAGUUCUAAAGGGUAAGCUGCCCCAUUUUUUGCUAGGGAUAAUUUCCUUUGCAAACCCUGAUUAUGCAAUAACAUAAUCUCACAACUGCAGUGCUAAAUCUGAGCCUGGGAAACUAAUUGUAGAUUUCUGAUCAUUGUAUGUAUAAUCAUACCUAAAAACAUGAUUGUCAUACUUGGCUAAACAAUAUGAGCAAAAAUGUGUGUAAAAUAUACAUAUGUAUAAACUCUGAGAAGAAAACAAUUGCACCCAAUUUUCACAAAAUUGUCUUUAAAUGAUGCCCAUUCCUAUGACUGAUAAAUAUAUUUUAUUUUGCUGAACAAGGUAUUUUUUUCAUUAAUUCUUUUAGUAGUUCAUAUGUGUACAUAUGUCUACUUUUUAUGAACACAGAAUUGAGCUAGCAUUUACUUAGUUUAUGAUAUGAAAACUUAAGAUUCUUGUUCAGGGUUUUAGAUAUGGUAUAGUUGAGACAGCAUGUACUUGGGUGUUGCUACACUGUUGAAGUUUACAAAAUCCUGUGAAGUUGUAAAAAGAUAGAAGGAAGUUAAGCUGCAUUUGUUUAGUAAUGUACUGUGAGUAGAGGCAGGUAGAUGGUAAACAUCAUUAUGAUGACUUGUUCCAAUGGAGUGAUCUUACUUCCUGUAUAAUCAUUUGAUCAAGGUUAGUUUAUUGGGACUUUGUAACUUCAAGUAUUUCUCUUUGUGGAAAAUCUGUUGCUGUUAAUCUGUUACUGUUAAUCUCUACAAAUAUCUUUAAAUCCAAAGUCUCAAAAUAGUCUCAACACAUUACACAGUGUCCAGAUAUUUAAUUCAGGUGUUUUGGAUUAUGAUGUUGCUAAUUUCAUAGGAUUCAUAAACAUGUUUUAUAUUGAGUAUGGAGUUCUUGGACAUCAAAAACUUGUUUCUUAACUUUUGUACUGUUUCUUCUAUUAAUGAAUUUUGCAUUAUUUGGAAUGUAAGAAUUGUAGCAAAUAUAUAAUAAGGUUUUUUUCUAGCAUAACCAAUAGUAGUGUGGAAUAACAUACUCAAAAAGGAGAUUCUAAGAAUUUGCAAUGAAUUGCAGUGGAUUAUUCACUACAGUGAAUGCUAUAGCAAAAUUAGCUCACUGACAUGAUUUCAAAUAUUGAAGUAUCACAACUUGAAAUGGUAAUCACUUUUAGGUCAGUUUAGCUUCCUUUUCAUGAUAAUUCAAAUAUAUUGUUAAAUAUGAGCUACUGUGAUAAAUUAAUAUUUUAUCUAAGUAAGCUGAAUUCUUGGAAAUCCUGGUUUAGGGCAACAUUCACGAAAAUAUGCUAAAUUUAGUCAUGGGUGUGAUUUAGGAUUUUAUUCCUUGUGAAUUUGUGUCUAGAUUAGGAGUAGGCAACCUUGGCUCUUUUAUGACUUGUGGACUUCCAACUCCCAGAAUUCCUGAGCCAGCAUUUCCCUUUCCCCUCAGCAUGGCUGGUUUAGGAAUUCUGGAAGUUGAAGUCCAUGCGUCAUAAAAGAGCCAAGGGUGCCUACCCCUGGUCUAGAUGAAGAACAGUUAAAACUGAACUUUCAAUUUUCAGCAACUUCUAAACUAAUUUUUAACAACACAUAAACAACAAUCAUAAUUUUCAAGGGAAGAAGCAUUUCCUACAUGGACAUUGAUUGAAGGCUUAAUCCAUUGCAACUCCUUUGAAUACAAAUCCCCAUUAAAAUAAAGGCAUAUGCUGGAAAGUAAAUACUUCUUUAGUUAUUUUGAAUUAGGCUUGGAUGUUUUGUAAUCAGUUCAAUUUUUCAUCCCAUGCAUUUGAGUAUUCUGUCUUUGCCUUAGAAACAUUUCACACCUUAAUCUGGUUCUAGUGCAAGCAUCACACCUGUUUUGUAGUAUAGAAAGACUGCAUAGAAUCUCAUUUUUAAAAUGCUGCUCAUCUUUUAUCCUCAUACACAGAUUUAUGAUAAUGUUGUUUUGAAAAUGGAUGUUAGAUGAGUGGCAUCAGAAAGAUACAUAUCUUUGAGCUCCUCUGUUUCUUGGCUUUGUCUCUGUGAAAUGACCUAUUGUAGACUACUUUGGAAAUGAUGUUUUUACUUGCCACUAUGUUUUUAAAAAAAUCACUCAGAAAUAUUUUAUAAAGUCAGAAAAGAUAUAUUUGGUUCAUAAUUCAUUGAAUAUAGAUAAUGCAUUCCUAGCUGUUUGAUUCUUAGAGUUAAGUACUUGUACUUCUUGAGGUAUAACAAAGCUUAUCUUCAGGUAUCAACCUUUGCCUCAUUUAUUAUGAGGCUUAAGCACAAAUAUGCUUUCCUUAAAUGUACUAGGUAUCUAUCAAAGCAGAGCAAAAAUGUGCAAAGCAAGUGUUUCAAGUGGGUUUUUGUUUAGCUUUCUCCAUGAUAGAGUGAUAAUACAGUGUGGACAUAUUAUGACAGAUCUGCUGUUACGACUUGAGCACAUCUUUGCUAUUCACCUUUUAAAGCUAAGCUUAACUGGACAUAGGUUAAUUCAGAAGUACAGAUUACUAGGACGUUGGGUUAGCUGAAUGUAAUGUGACCUUCACCCUUUUUUAUUCACACUUAAACACAUUUGCCUGUUUAGUGAUGAUUAAAGUAUUUGACAAGA